UCUACGGAGAGCUCACCAACUCGGACCUGUUCAAGUGGCUGCAGCAGACCAUCGAUGAGCUGUACAGAGACGGAACCGAACAAGACUGCCGUCACCAAUUUGUUCAAAUACUCCAAGAUGCUUCUUCACUGGUUAUACGAAAAGUUUGGCCUAGUCGACGUUUUCGGUGAACCGGGACGUUGGCUGAAGGACUUCUGGGACAAUCCCCCCGCUUCCUUAGCCAAGGCCAAGGACACAAUAACAUUAGUUUACCACCAGCUGGCCUGGACGGUCGACCAUCUCGGCGUAGCAGACUUCUUCCAGCGGACAAUGGCCAAGAUAUACCGAGAGGGUGACCAGUUCUGGACACAGACGGCCAUCGAAGGAGCUCAGAGGUAUUUUGAGGGUAAAUCGAUGAUGGUGAUGCGACCAGAGCGUGGCUACAUCUCCUUCGUACAAAUACUGCCGAUGCCCUGGUACGGAUUUUAUCAAAGCCCAGUCUGGGAGGAGCUACCGGAGCUGCAGAAGAUCAGGCGUAUUCGGUCUCUGACCAAGAGUUCGGACUGGACUUUGUACGACAUCGCGAUCGCUUACUGGCCGGGCAGCAAUCCAAUGGAAUGGGUGCCACCUUUCAAAGGACACGCCGUCCUCUCCGGAUCAUCCACCUUCGUCACAUUCGACGGCAGGCUCUACAGCUUCCAGGCCGACUGUACCUACCUUCUUGCGGCAGACCUGCUGGACGACAGGUUCGCCGUCGAGGCCACCUUCCGGCGCCACGGCUCGGUCACCAAGACGAUCUCGGUGACAGCCGGCGGGCACACGAUCCGGCUCGGGGGCGUUGACGGCUUCCGGAUCACGGCCGAUGACCAGCCGGCCGAGGCACCGCUGGAUCUCGGCGAACUGCGAGUGACACGCGCCGGGGACACCGUUUCCGUGCUCCUGCCCGGCUGGAUGGAGCUGCACUGUAACCAGGGCUCGGACGUCUGCAGCCUCGAGAUCAGCCGCUGGCUGUUCGGUCGGACCGGCGGUCUGUUCGGCACGCACGACAACGAGCCGUACACGGACCUGGAGUCGCCGGACCACCUGCGCGCUAGCGGGGCUCUGUUCGCCUCCUCCUGGGCGCUGCACAAGUGCCGCCGGCCGGCCCACAUCGUCGAGCCGGGAGCGGCGGCACCCGAGACCGUCAGCGUGCGGACGGCGAAGCGGUCGGACGGCUUCUGCUGGGGCUUGCUGGGCGCGCCGCAGUCCGAGUACCGCGCCUGUCACCGGCUGGUCGACCCGGCGCCCUUCCUCACCGCAUGCCAGCAGCAGGGCGACGAGAACCGUUGCGUCGCCGUGAGGGCCUACGUGGAGGCGUGUCGCCACCGCGGCUGGCCGCUCAAGAUGCCCAACAAAUGUGUGCAGUGCGAGAUCGACGGCAAGCCCGUGUUCGAGGGCAGGACGGUGCGCGUGCAGGGCGAGACGCCCGCCACCGAGGUGGUCUUCAUCGUGGAGGCCAAACAGUGCAACGCCAACAUCACGGCCAGACGCAGCAUCGGCCGCCUGGUGAACUCCCUGAGCAUAGCUCUGCGACUGGAGAAAUUCGCCACCACGAAGUUCGCCGUGGUGGUGUUCGGCGGCGACGGAGUGCAGGACCAGCCGCAGGUGCUCACCGUCAAUGGCCAGAUCUUCUCGCGCGCCAAGAGGACCGUCCAAGCCUUCCGUCAAAUCAAACCCGGUUCGGGCGGUCGGGACGUGUUCGGCGCCCUGCGCCGGGCGGCCAUGCUGCCGUUCUCGGCCGGCGUGUCCCGCACGUUCAUUCUGAUGCCGUGCUCGGCUUGCGAGGCCAGCGCCAUGAGCAUCGACUACACCACGCUGGCCAACGCCUUCGCGGAACAGCAGAUCACCCUGCACGUCAUCAUGGACGGAGACCUGAGCGUGUCCAAGAAGAAGGGCAAGCUGCUCGGCAUUGACAGAAACAAGGCGUGGACGCUGAAGGACGCCAAGAAGCUGGUUGGCGAUGCUGCCCUGCUGAAGCACGUCAGGACGCCGAAGGCCCAGCUCAAGCUUUGUGAGCCGCUGGCCACCAGGCAAACCCAAGGCGCCAUAUUCUCGUCAUCGAAGCUGACGCCGCACCCGCGGACGGGUCGCCUGCGCAUGAGGCAGCUCAAGAAGUGGAUGCUGGUGUUCGGGAAGCGCGUGGCGCUCACCGCUCGCCCGCAGUCGUGCCAGAACUGCGAGUGCGCCGCCGACGUGGAGGGCACGGCCCGGUUCGAAUGCAUGCCGUGCUCGUCCGUCCCGCUGCUGCCCUCCGACCUGGAAGACGAUAUCUUCUACAGCGACGACGCUUAGCCUACGUCGGUCGCCCUAGCGACAGUCGCGCCACCGUGCACCGGACCCGCGGCGCUCGAGCGAGCCCGGCGCUCCAGCGCGCUCGUGUACCGGCCGGGACGGCGCCCCGCUGCCGUCAGCCGCCGCGGACCGGCCGAGGGGUCCCUCGGUGCGGGUCUCGGUGACGGAGUGCGGCCGCGCCCCCGCCAGUGACGGCGGGGAGGGAACGCCCUGCGGCCAGUGAGCUGACAGGGUUGGGCUGGCUGUCCCUUCUCGUUGAAAGGGGAGAGACCUUGCGUAAGCAUAGUGGGGCGUCGUGGUGAUGUCGGGGGGAGGUCACGGCGCUGGAAGGCAUCUCGCCCAGUUAGCAGGAGGUGCAAAUGUUCUUCGCCAGGCGCGCUAGUGCCUCAUCCUCGUCAGGGAGUCCUCCGCCGGGCCCGGCACGAGCGUACGGCCCAGCUGGCUACGCCUUCCCUCUUGCCGCCUUGGUCAAAACACGGCGGCGGUGGCGCUGUUGUCGCUGUUGGUAUGGUCUCGUGAAUACUUGGGGUUGCUUAGUGUAAUUAUGGGGUCUCGUGCAGGAGCGCCCCCAGUCUACGCUGAGGGGUUCAAUGCUGACGAAUAAGGUUCAUGGCUUUCCUCAAAAACGUCGCCGCAGAGUGUCAUAAGCAACUGCUGUUAUUCCUGGUUUUUAGUUAAUUUGCUGCGAAUCAUGAAAACCCAUCGGGCUCUUGUGUGGCGUGCCCCAAGUUGUUAUUAGUCAGGCGCAUCUUGUGCUUGCAAACAACACAGCGUUUUAGAAUAGAUACUGUCCUCUGUCUCAUCUCAUGCUGUUAACUUUUGAAAAAUAUAUACACGCUGGGAAGUGCAUUGUU